GCCUGCCCACCCCCGCGGCGGGCUCUGCAGACCCGGCCACCCGCGGUGAGCACUUGCGCCUGGGCAGCCGUCCUCCUUCCCUCCCGCCUCGGGCCACGGGCAUGUGGGCGCCUGGCACGGCCAGGGUCCCGCAGCUGUUCCGAUUGCAGACGUGCUGACCUGCGUCUUAGCCCAGAAUGCAGGCUGAGAAAUGCAGGACGAGUAGCAGAAGCAUCAAAAAGGAGCUGGUGAUCGAGUCCCCGCUGCAGUGUAAGGAUGCAGCUCCGGGAGAGGUGGAAGCCGAGAGCCCCGUGCCAGUGCCGGCCAAGCCAAAGCUGAUCGAACCCCUGGAUUACGAAAAUGUCAUCGUUCAGAAGAAGACACAGAUCCUCAAUGACGGCCUAAGGGAGAUGCUGCUCUUCCCCUACGAUGACUUUCAGACAGCCAUCCUGAGGAGGCAGGGCCGCUACAGGUGUUCCACCGUCCCCGCGAAGGCCCAGGAGGAGGCUCAGAGCUUGUUUGUUACAGAGUGCAUCAAAACCUACAACUCUGACUGGCAUCUUGUCAACUACAAAUAUGAGGAUUAUUCGGAGGAAUUUCGCCAGCUUCCCAACAAAGUGGUCAAGUUGGAUAAACUUCCAGUUCAUGUCUAUGAAGUUGACGAGGAGGUCGACAAAGACGAGGACGCCGCCUCCCUGGGCUCGCAGAAGGGCGGCAUCACCAAGCACGGGUGGCUGUACAAAGGCAACAUGAACAGCGCUAUAAGCGUGACCAUGCGGUCGUUUAAAAGACGGUUUUUCCACCUCAUACAACUUGGUGAUGGAUCCUACAAUUUGAAUUUUUACAAAGAUGAGAAGAUCUCCAAGGAGCCGAAAGGAUCGAUAUUUCUGGAUUCCUGUAUGGGUGUGGUUCAGAACAACAAAGUCAGACGUUUUGCUUUUGAGCUCAAGAUGCAGGACAAAAGUAGUUAUCUUUUCGCGGCAGACAGUGAAGUGGAAAUGGAAGAGUGGAUCACGAUUCUAAACAAGAUUCUCCAACUCAACUUUGAAACUGCCAUGCAAGAGAAGCGGAAUGGAGACUCACAUGAAGAUGAUGAACAAAAAUUGGAAGGUUCCGGCUCCGGUUUAGAUAGCUACCUCCCCGAACUUGCCAAGACCACCAGAGAAGCAGAGAUCAAGCUGAAGAGUGAAAGCAGAGUGAAGCUUUUUUACUUGGACCCAGAUACCCAGAAGCUUGACUUCUCAUCAGCUGAGCCAGAAGUGAAGCCAUUCGAAGAGAAGUUUGGAAAAAGAAUUCUCGUCAAGUGCAAUGACUUGUCUUUCAAUCUGCAGUGCUGUGUUGCUGAAAAUGAAGAAGGACCUACUACCAAUGUCGAGCCUUUCUUUGUUACCCUCUCCCUGUUUGACAUAAAAUACAACCGAAAGAUUUCUGCCGAUUUCCACGUGGACCUCAACCACUUCUCGGUGCGCCACAUGCUGGUGCCCCCGUCCCCGGUGCUGAUGAACGGCGGUGGCCAGAGCUCGCCCGCCCUGCAGGACACCCUUCACGAGGCUGCCAUGCAGUACCCAAAGCAGGGAAUCUUCUCAGUCACCUGUCCUCAUCCCGACAUCUUUCUCGUGGCUAGAAUUGAAAAAGUUCUCCAGGGCAGCAUCACCCAUGGCGCUGAGCCAUACAUGAGAAGCUCAGACUCUUCCAAGGUUGCUCAGAAGGUGUUGAAGAACGCGAAGCAGGCAUGCCAAAGACUCGGACAGUACAGGAUGCCUUUUGCUUGGGCGGCAAGGACGUUGUUUAAGGAUGCAUCUGGAAACCUGGACAAAAAUGCCAGAUUUUCUGCUCUCUACAAGCAAGACAGCAAUAAACUCUCCAACGAGGACAUGCUGAAGCUGCUGGCAGACUUCCGGAAACCGGAGAAGAUGGCUAAACUCCCAGUGAUUCUGGGCAAUCUAGACAUCACCAUCGACAAUGUUUCCUCAGAUUUCCCCAAUUAUGUCAAUUCAUCAUACAUCCCCAUGAAGCAAUUUGAAACCUGUAGUAAAACUCCAAUCACAUUUGAAGUCGAGGAGUUUGUACCCUGCAUCCCAAAACACACCCAGCCUUAUACCAUCUACAACAACCACCUUUACGUCUAUCCAAAGUACUUGAAAUACGACAGUCAGAAGUCUUUUGCCAAGGCCAGAAAUAUUGCUGUUUGCAUUGAAUUCAAAGAUUCUGAUGAGGAAGAUGCCCAGCCUCUGAAGUGCAUUUACGGCCGACCUGGAGGGCCGGUCUUCACAAGAAGCGCCUUUGCUGCCGUUUUACACCACCACCAAAACCCAGAAUUUUAUGAUGAGGUUAAAAUCGAGCUGCCCACUCAGCUGCACGAGCGCCAUCACCUGCUCUUCACCUUCUUCCACGUCAGCUGCGAUAACUCCAGCAAAGGAAGCACCAAGAAGAAGGAUGUGGUGGAGACGCAAGUUGGCUACUCCUGGCUUCCUCUCCUGAAAGAUGGCCGGGUGGUGACCAACGAGCAGCACACCCCUGUCUCUGCUAACCUCCCACCUGGCUACCUCGGCUGCCAAGAGCUGGGGAUGGGCAGGCAUUACGGCCCAGAAAUUAAGUGGGUCGAUGGAAGCAAGCCACUGCUGAAAGUCUCAACUCACCUGGUUUCCACUGUGUAUACUCAGGAUCAGCAUUUACACAAUUUCUUCCAGUACUGUCAGAAAACCGAAUCGGGAGCCCAAGCCGUGGGGAACGAACUUGUGAAAUACCUUAAGAGCCUGCACGCCAUGGAAGGCCACGUGAUGAUCGCCUUCUUGCCCACCAUCCUAAACCAGCUGUUCCGCGUCCUCACCAGGGCCACCCAGGAGGAAGUGGCCGUCAACGUCACACGGGUCAUCAUCCAUGUGGUUGCCCAGUGCCAUGAGGAGGGGCUGGAGAGCCACUUGCGGUCAUAUGUCAAGUUUGCGUACAAGGCCGAGCCCUACGUGGCCUCCGAGUAUAAGACCGUGCACGAAGAACUGACCAAGUCCAUGACCAUGAUUCUCAAGCCUUCGGCUGACUUUCUCACCAGCAACAAACUCCUGAAGUAUUCGUGGUUUUUCUUUGAUGUCUUGAUAAAAUCCAUGGCUCAGCAUUUGAUUGAGAACUCCAAAGUUAAGCUGCUACGGAACCAGAGAUUUCCUGCGUCCUUUCACCACGCGGUGGAGACGGUUGUGAACAUGCUGAUGCCACACAUCACUCAGAAGUUUCGAGAUAACCCAGAGGCGUCUAAGAAUGCAAAUCACAGUCUGGCUGUCUUCAUCAAGAGAUGUUUCACCUUCAUGGACAGGGGCUUCGUCUUCAAGCAGAUCAAUAACUACAUCAGCUGCUUUGCGCCUGGGGACCCAAAGACCCUCUUCGAGUACAAAUUUGAAUUUCUCCGUGUGGUGUGUAAUCAUGAACAUUAUAUCCCCUUGAAUUUGCCAAUGCCUUUUGGAAAAGGCAGGAUUCAAAGAUACCAAGAUCUCCAGCUGGACUAUGCCCUGACGGACGAGUUCUGCAGAAACCACUUCUUGGUGGGGCUGUUACUGAGGGAGGUGGGCGCCGCUCUCCAGGAAUUCCGCGACGUCCGGCUGAUCGCCAUCAGCGUGCUCAAGAACUUGCUGAUAAAGCAUUCUUUUGAUGACCGAUACGCUUCAAGGAGCCAUCAGGCCAGGAUAGCCACCCUCUACCUGCCUCUCUUUGGUCUGCUGAUUGAAAAUGUGCAGCGGAUCAACGUGCGGGACGUCUCUCCUUUCCCCGUGAACCCGGGCAGUGCCGCGAAGGAGGAGUCGCUCGUGUUGCCAGCGGCGAACCCGUUAGUGACGCCGCAGAAGUCAGCCGGCGCGCCCGAUGCCAGCCUGCACAAGGAGCUCUUCGGCGCCAUCUCCGGCAUGGCUUCUCCAUAUACGACAUCAACUCCCAACAUCAAUAGUGUGAGAAACGCUGAUUCAAGAGGAUCCCUCAUAAGCACAGAUUCGGGAAACAGCCUUCCAGAAAGGAAUAGUGAGAAAAGCAAUUCCCUGGAUAAGCACCAACAAAGUGGCAGUUUGGGAAAUUCCGUGGUUCGCUGUGACAAACUCGAUCAGUCUGAAAUUAAGAGUCUGCUGAUGUGUUUCCUGUACAUCUUAAAAAGCAUGUCUGAUGAUGCUUUGUUUACGUACUGGCACAAGGCUUCAACAACCGAACUUAUGGAUUUUUUUACCAUAUCUGAAGUCUGCCUGCACCAGUUCCAGUACAUGGGGAAGCGGUACAUCGCCAGAGCAGGAACGAUGCAUGCCAGAUUGCAGCAGCUGGGCAGCCUGGAUAACUCUCUCGCUUUUAACCACAGCUAUGGCCACUCGGACGCGGACGUCCUUCACCAGUCCUUGCUGGAGGCCAACAUUGCCACAGAGGUGUGCCUCACGGCUCUGGACACGCUCUCCCUCUUCACCCUGGCCUUCAAGAACCAGCUCCUGACUGACCACGGACACAAUCCUCUCAUGAAAAAGGUCUUUGACGUCUACCUGUGUUUUCUUCAAAAACAUCAGUCCGAAACAGCUCUAAAAAAUGUCUUCACAGCCUUAAGGUCGUUAAUUUAUAAGUUUCCCUCGACGUUCUAUGAAGGGCGGGCUGACAUGUGCUCGGCCCUGUGCUACGAGAUCCUCAAGUACUGCAACUCCAAGCUGAGCUCCAUCAGAACCGAGGCCUCGCAGCUGCUCUACUUCCUGAUGAGGAACAAUUUCGACUACACCGGCAAGAAGUCCUUUGUCCGGACACACCUGCAGGUCAUCAUCUCCGUCAGCCAGCUGAUCGCGGACGUGGUUGGGAUUGGAGGGACCAGGUUCCAGCAGUCCUUGUCGAUCAUCAACAACUGUGCCAACAGCGACCGGCUCAUCAAGCACACCAGCUUCUCCUCGGACGUGAAGGACCUGACCAAGAGGAUCCGCACGGUGCUCAUGGCCACCGCCCAGAUGAAGGAGCAUGAGAGCGACCCCGAGAUGCUGGUCGACCUGCAGUACAGCCUGGCAAAGUCCUACGCCAGCACCCCCGAGCUCAGGAAGACGUGGCUGGACAGCAUGGCCAGGAUCCACGUCAAGAACGGCGACCUGUCCGAGGCGGCGAUGUGCUACGUCCACGUCACAGCGCUGGUGGCCGAGUAUCUCACACGGAAAGAAGCAGACGUAGCCCUCCGGCGAGAGCCGCCCCACCGUCCCUACGGCCUCAGCACCUGCCCGAGGAGGAGCCGGGGAGGUAUGUUCAGACAAGGAUGCUCGGCCUUCAGGGUGGUCACCCCCAACAUAGACGAGGAGGCCUCCAUGAUGGAGGACGUGGGGAUGCAGGAUGUCCACUUCAACGAGGAUGUGCUCAUGGAGCUGCUGGAACAGUGCGCGGACGGGCUCUGGAAGGCGGAGCGCUACGAGCUGAUCGCGGACAUCUACAGGCUCAUCAUCCCCAUUUAUGAGAAGCGCAGGGACUUCGAGAGGCUGGCCCACCUGUAUGACACCCUCCACCGGGCCUACAGCAAGGUGACCGAGGUCAUGCACUCGGGUCGCAGGCUUCUGGGCACGUACUUCCGAGUGGCCUUCUUCGGUCAGGCAGCGCAAUACCAGUUUACAGACAGUGAAACAGAUGUGGAGGGAUUCUUUGAAGAUGAAGAUGGAAAGGAGUACAUUUAUAAAGAACCCAAACUCACGCCUUUGUCAGAAAUUUCUCAGAGACUCCUUAAACUUUACUCAGCUAAAUUUGGUUCUGAGAAUGUCAAAAUGAUACAGGAUUCUGGCAAGGUCAACCCCAAGGAUCUGGAUUCCAAGUACGCGUACAUCCAGGUGACGCACGUGACCCCAUUCUUUGAUGAAAAAGAAUUGCAAGAAAGGAAGACAGAGUUCGAAAGGUGCCAUAACAUCCGCCGCUUCAUGUUCGAGAUGCCUUUCACUCAGACCGGCAAGCGGCAGGGCGGGGUGGAGGAGCAGUGCAAACGGAGGACCAUCCUCACAGCUAUCCACUGUUUCCCGUAUGUGAAGAAGCGGAUCCCCGUCAUGUACCAGCAUCACACGGACCUGAACCCCAUUGAGGUAGCCAUCGACGAGAUGAGCAAGAAAGUGGCCGAGCUCCGGCAGCUCUGCUCCUCGGCCGAGGUGGACAUGAUCAAACUCCAGCUCAAACUCCAGGGCAGUGUGAGCGUCCAGGUCAAUGCUGGUCCCCUCGCCUAUGCCCGAGCUUUCUUAGAUGACACAAACACGAAGAGAUAUCCUGACAAUAAAGUGAAGUUGCUUAAAGAAGUUUUCAGGCAAUUUGUGGAGGCUUGUGGUCAAGCGUUAGCCGUCAACGAACGUCUGAUUAAAGAAGACCAGUUAGAAUAUCAGGAAGAAAUGAAAGCCAACUACCGGGAAAUGGCAAAGGAGCUUUCUGAGAUCAUGCAUGAGCAGAUUUGCCCCCUGGAGGAGAAGACGAGCGUGUUACCGAACUCCCUUCACAUCUUCAACGCCAUCAGUGGGACUCCAGCCAGCACCACGGUCCACGGAAUGACCAGCUCCUCCUCGGUCGUGUGACAUCCCCUCAUGCACCGGCUGUGGGGAAUUGCUUGGUCAUUUGCAAACUCAGGUUGAUUUCCAAAGCUAAUCACUGGCUCAUGCAAGACGCGGGGUGACCGAGCACAAGACCCAGAUGUCAAGGGGAGUGGGAGAGAAAGGAGAUAUGGAACUGUUAUUUCAUAACAGAUUUUCUAGAAGAGUCUUAAGAGGGCACACAUAUUUUUUUAAGUCUGGCCGGCAACGUUUAAAUUUUUCAUGAUGUCUUAACAGAAGCAUGUGGUGGACAUAAGGCUGGAGUUAAAUUUUAUUCUUCCUUACAGAGUAGUAUUUAAAUGGCCUCGAGUCAACAAAUGUUCUGAGAAGUACAUAGCAGGGAUCGCAGCACUGAAAUUGAGUCUGGGGUGACUUUUUGCCUCUAGGCUGAGCUGGAAAACCUUGAAAAUAUUUUUUUUUUUCCUGUGGCACAUUCAGGUUGAAUACAAGAACUAUUUUUGUGACUAGUUUUUGAUGACCUAAAGGAACUGACCAUUGUAAUUUUUGUACCAGUGAACCAGGAAGUUAAGUGCUUUUAUACUCAUUUACUUGCAUUUAAAAUAUAUGAAAGCGGAAGAAACUUAGGCGAGCUUAAAACUAGUCAAGCAGUUUAGCACCAAAGGCCUGUAUUAAUAAACAACUAUGCUAAAACUUUUCAAGUAGUACAGUAUAUAGUAAUGUACAUAGAGUUUGUUAAUACAGUCUUAGCACUCUGUACAGAUGUCUUAAUUACAUUUCUACAUUUUUAAUACUCACAUCAGCUUCUGCAUUAGGUUUAAUUGUGACAGGGCCGUGCUGUUCUUAGUCUAUGCGACACACUUGACUCCACUGUUUUAUUCUUGUACAUAAAAAAGUGCAAUAUGGAGAUGUAUACAGUCUUUGCUAUGUUGGGUUUAUAAACUGUUUUAAAAUUUUCAUCCUUUUGCCAAAGUGGUAGAGUGUGUAAUUGGUAAAUCAUACAUUCGGUGGUGACUAGUGAUGUCCUUUACAGCCUUCACCAUGUUAUAUUUUCUUUGGAGACAUUAAUUAAGUAAUUUUAUAUUGGGGAAAAUAAAGGUUUUUAAUUUUAUUUAACUAGAACCUCUACCCUGCUGUAUUUAAACAUUCUGUACCACAACUGUAUUAAAAAUAACAUUGCUGAUU